AAGCAUUUCCAGAGAAACGAAACUGAUCUGUGAUACUUUGCUGCUCAGCCUGUUGAUGUGUUUACUAUAAUGUCAGAUGCAAUGGACUUGAUGAAUUGUUCAAUUUGCCUGGAUCUACUGAAAGAUCCGGUGGCUAUUCCCUGUGGACGCAACUACUGUAUGGGCUGUAUUGAGGACUGCUGGAAUCAGGGUGAUCUUAACGGUGUCUACAGCUGCCCAGACUGCAGAAAGACCUUUACCCCGAGGCCUGUUCUGAACAAAAAUACUCUACUGAUUGAAUUGGUGGAGAAACUGAAGAAUACAGGACUACAUGCUGCUUCUCCUGCUCACUGUUAUGCUGAACCUGGAGAUGUGGAGUGUGAUUUCUGCAUUGGGAGAAAACUCAAAUCUGUGAAAUUCUGUCUGGUGUGUCUGGCCUCUUACUGCGAGACUCAUCUACAGCCUCAUUAUGAAGUAGCUCCAUUAAAGAAGCACAAGCUGGUCAAAGCAUCCACACAACUCCAUGAGAUGAUCUGCUCUCAUCAUGAUAAACUGCUGGAGGUUUACUGCCGUACAGAUCAGCAGUGUAUCUGUUAUCUUUGUACAGUGGAUGAACAUAAAGGCCAUGAUACAGUGUCAGCUGCAGCAGAAAGAACUGAAAAACAGAAACAGUUGGAUGAGAAACAGCAGAUAUUAAAGCAGAGAAUCCAGAAGACGGAGAUGGGGGUGUUUGGGGCGAGACAGUCUAUACAGUUUGUCAAGAGCUCUGCACAGGCAGCAGUGGAGGACAGUGAGAGGAUCUUUCCUGAGCUGAUCCGCUCCAUUGAGAGAAGGAGCUCUAAGGUGAAGCAGCUGAUCAAAGCCAAGGAGAUGGCUGAAGUGAGUCGAACUGAGGGACACCUGAAGCAACUGGAGGAGGAGGUGGUUGAGCUGAGGAGGAAAGACGCUGAGCUGGAGCAGCUCUCACACACAGAGGAUCACAUCCAUUUUCUCAAGAGUUUCCAGUCUUUCUCUGUCCCGCCGGGAAUUGAGGGCGUACCCAGCACUUUUAACCCUCAUGUCUCCAUUGAGGAUGUCAAGAAGUCCCUCUCUGAACUACAAGACCGAAUGGAGAAUGUAUUCAAUGAGGAAAUGGUAAAGAUAUCUAGAAAAGUUGGAUAUGCCUUUCAUUUAGCCAGUAGCCCAAUGAGGAAAAUCCUCUUCUGCUUUGGAGAAUGCACCUCUGGCUUCAGCUUCCAACCAGUUAUCAGUCCCUCCAAGUCCCUGGCCAAGCUGAACCGGAUCAGGGUGUCUGUGGACGAGGACCAGGACGUGACUCAAGACAAACAGGCUACUAAAACCAAAGUCUUUACUGGUGGGUCAGCUUCAGUGGGAGGAUUUACUUUUAGAUUUGGGGCCGACUCUCAGCCCACCACCAACCCUCCCAUCCCUGAGUCUGGCUACUUCAUCAAGCCCUUCGUCGUACCUGUCCAACCAGCUAAGAGCAUUGAGCGAAAGCCUGUGGACUUUGUGAAGAUGUCUUUUGGCCAGCCGAUCCCUGCUGAGCCUCCUAAAGUGCUUAGCUUUGGUGCUGAAAUAGUCGCCCAGUCCACUCCAUCAUCCGCUGCCUUUAAAUUCAACUCCAACUUUAAAUCCAAUGAUGGGGACUUCACCUUCAUGUCCAAAAACAGUGAGAACCUGUUGAAGCUUCUGAUGUCAGACAUUCCCACCAAAUUAGAGGGCCCCUCAGAGGGGAAGCCCCAAUAUCCUCCUAGCCUGGGAGGGAUACUUACCUUUGGCACUAAAAGCGCUCCUGGGUUCUCCUUUAAUGACUCAAUCCAGAUCCAGGACAAACCAAACCCAUUUGGAAAAUUUGACCAGCCAUUUAGUUUCACUGAUGUAACCACACCGGUAUUUGGGCUGGCAAACACAGCAGAGGAGGAGAAGGGAGCUGAGAGCAAUAACAACAGCACUCAUGUGGAGGAGGACGAGGAUGGGCCUCACUUUGAGCCUAUUGUGCCCCUCCCUGACAAAGUAGACGUGAAGACUGGAGAGGAGGAAGAGGAGGAGAUGUUCUGUAACAGGGCCAGGAUGUUCAGAUUCGAUGCAGAGACAAAAGAGUGGAAAGAGAGAGGUAUCGGCUUUGUCAAAAUCCUAAAGCACAAUACAUCAGGGAAAGUGCGUCUACUGAUGAGGAGGGAGAAGAUUCUAAAGGUCUGUGCUAACCACUACAUCACGCCAGAUAUGCUCCUGAAAACAAACGCUGGAUCUGACAAGUCCUGGGUCUGGAAUGCUGUUGAUUAUGCGGAUGAGGAACCAAGGCUUGAGCAACUGGCCAUCCGGUUCAAAACGGAAGUCAAGGCAUUGCUCUUCAAGACAAAAUUUGAAGAGGCUCAGAAGAUCGUUCCCAAAUCUCCAAAAAAGCAGCAAGAUCAGUUAUGUAGGAAAAAAAAAUAUCCUAAACACUCUGCCCCAGAGGCGACAAACUUAGGUGCCCAGUUUGCAAAGAAGUACGGGGAGUGGGACUGUAAUGUGUGCUGUGUAAGAAAUGCAGCUAAAGUUAUGCAGUGUGUUGCCUGCCAGACUGCCAACCCUAAUGCCCCAUCAAAGCUGGACAGCGCACUAGCUACUGACAUCAAAGGGUUUACUAGUGGGGCAGCUUCAGUGGGAGGAUUUACUUUUGGAUUUGGAGCUGACUCGUCAAAAGACACCAGCAGCGCAGGAUCUAUUGGAAAAGGAUUAGGGUCUUUUGGAGCUCAGACACCCUCCUCCUUUACGGUUGGAACCAGUGGCACCACUUAUAUACCUGCUGCUGGUUUUGGUGCCCAGUUUGGAAAGAGGCAAGAAACCACAAAAGUUGCAGCAGAAUCAAAGCCCUCAACCAUGCCAUUUGGCUCUGGAUUUGGUGUGCAGUUCAGCAUGAAUCCAGGUCAGUGGGACCGCGAUACAUGCGCUUUAAGAAAUGAGGCAUUUGCAAACAGUUGUCUCUCUUGUCAAACUCCGAACCCUUCAGGAAAACCUGCUGCUGGUGCCCCAGCUUUGGCAACCCUCUCAACUGGGUCUGGAUUUGGUGCCCAAUUCAGCAAAAAGCUAGGGCAAUGGGACUGUGAUACAUGCGUUGUAAGAAACGAGGCUUCUUCAAGCAGUUGUGUUUCUUGUCAAACUCCGAACCCUUCAGCAAAAUCAACAGUAGAGGUAGCACCAACAACAGAGCCAACAGUGUCAGACUUUGGUGCUGAUUUUUCAAGGAAGGAUGGACAAUGGGACUGUGACACCUGUCUAGUGAGGAAUGAUGCAUCUGCCUCUAAGUGUGUUUCCUGCCAGACACCCAACCCCAAUGCUAGCAGCUCCUCUCUUAGGGCCAUGUUUGCCAGGCAGGAGGGACAGUGGGACUGUGACGCAUGUCUAGUCAGAAACAACAACUCUGCUAGUCAAUGCGUCUCCUGUCAGAUGCCCAAUCCCAAUGUUAAGAGCAUAGCCACAGCCGCCAAUUCCAGGUCAUCCUUCAGCUUUAACUUCGGGAGUCAGACUGCCUCUACUCAACCCACAGGCACUGGGUUUAAAGCGAACUUCAACGGUGACAGCUCUUUGCAGUUUGGCACAGGCAAAGUUGAUAAAAGUUCCCCUGCAUCCUUCAAGUUUGAGACCCCUCCUCAGGCUGAAAGCAGUACCCCCAGUGCUGCAGGCUUCUCUUUCACCAUGCCCAUCCCAGCAGGUGGCUUUAAGUUUGGCACUCAGGAAACUGCAAAGGAAACCCUACCAGCUGAAACUCAGACUCCUGCUUCAGGGUCUGCGUCAAUGUUCCUGAAGAAUAUCGCAGAGCAGCACAGAGAGAAGGAAUCUGGUGUCAGUGUAUAUGCAUCAGUACUGUCAGUGGACAAGACGGGUCAGGAUGAAAAUCCCCUCUUCAUUGGCAAACCCAACGACUUCAGUUUUGCAGACUUGGCUAAAAACUCACAAGGAGACUUCCAGUUUGGUCAGACGGACUCCAAUUUCAAAGGCUUCACCCGCGCUGGUGAGCAGCUGUUCACAUCCCUUCAGUCAAACCAGAGGGCAGACACCUCAGCUGACCAGGAUGAAGAGGGCAUAUACAAGACAGAGGAUAAUGACGAUAUCCAGUUUGAGCCUGUGGUCCAGAUGCCAGAGAAAGUGGACCUGGUCACAGGAGAAGAGGACGAACAGGCCGUCUACUCCCAGAGAGUGAAGCUCUUCAGGUUUGACGGAGACAUCAGCCAGUGGAAGGAGAGGGGUGUUGGGGUCCUCAAGUUCCUGAAGAACGCCACCAAUGGCAGGCUCAGGGUGCUGAUGAGGAGAGAGCAGGUCCUGAAGGUGUGUGCCAACCACUGGAUCACCACCACCAUGAACCUGAAGCCCUUGGCUGGCUCCGACAAGGCCUGGAUGUGGCUGGCUAAUGACUUCUCUGAUGGAGAUGCCAGACUGGAGCAACUCGCUGCCAAGUUUAAAACCCCUGAGCUGGCUGAGGAGUUCAAGCUGAAGUUUGAGGAGUGUCAGAGGCUCCUGUUAGACAUCCCACUACAGACUCCUCACAAGCUUGUUGACACCGGUAGAACUGCACAUAUCAUCCAGAAGGCAGAGGAGAUGAAGUCCUGCUUGAAAGAUCUUAAAUCUUUCCUGACCGAUGACAAAACCAAGAUCAAGGAGGACGACAGCCAUGCUAACAUCACGACAGCCAGUAACACCUCUGGUCUUAAUAUCAAGCCCCACGCAGAGAACACUGGCCCUACCUUAGAAUGGGACAACUAUGACCUGAGAGAGGAGGCUCUGGACGACAGUGCUGACACCUCUGUCUACGCCUUACCCCUGGCAAGCAGCCCAAUCAGGAAGAACCUCUUCUGCUUUGGAGAAUCCACAGAGGGCUUCAACUUCAGCUUCCAGCCUGUCGUCAGUACCGCCAAGUCGCUGGCCAAGAUGAACCAGAGCGGGGUGUCUGCGGACGAGGAGCAGGACAUUAGCCAGGAGGAGGAGCGGGACGGCCUGUACUUUGAGCCUGUGGUUCCCCUGCCAGACCUGGUGGAGAUCUCCACUGGAGAGGAGAAUGAAAACGUGUGUUUCAGCCACAGGGCAAAGCUGUAUCGCUAUGACAAAGACCUGAACCAGUGGAAAGAGAGGGGCAUCGGAGACCUCAAGAUACUGCAGCACUGCGAUACCAAACGAGUCAGACUCAUCAUGAGGAGAGACCAAGUCCUGAAAAUCUGUGCCAACCAUUGGGUCACAUCUUCUAUGAAGUUGGAGCCCAUGAAGGGUGCUGAGAAGGCCUGGGUCUGGAGCGCUAUUGACUUUGCCGAGGUAACUAAGGGAAAUGUUGAGCAGUUAGCUGUCAGAUUCAAACUGAAGGAUGUGGCUAACUCCUUCAGAGAUAUAUUUGACCAGGCUAAAACUGCCCAAGAGAAUGAGAUUCUGGUCACUCCAAUCACCUCCAGUGAGACCCUUACUCAGGAGGAAGCAAUAGCGACGGGGACAACCAUGUGUGGACAAGCUGCUGUGGCCAUCCUGGAGGAGACCACCACAGAACGGACGGAGCUGUAUCAUGAGACUUUACACACCCCUGACUGUAAGUCCUCCACCGGUACUCCACAUAGCCCUCUCAACCUCUCCAGGAUGGUAAUGUCCCCACCCAAGUUCCUCUUUGGAACAGACUCUCUCCAAAAGUUUUUCGGCAGCAGCCCACCAUCAUCCAAGGAGGAUAGUUCUCCAGAGAGCUCCAAGGUUAAAGACAGCGGUCGGACCUCCCAGCCUUUAACUGCAUUCAAAAUCUCAGAAAAGGAUGAGGACUUUGAGACAGCAGUUAAAGCCCUGAAUGGAAAACUGUACCGGGAUCCUCCUGAGAGGGAGGCUGCCAGUGCAGGUUCUGCAGGCCAGGCCGAGGCAGGUGUUGAAGGUCUGGACCCGGAGGUUGAGGUUUUAUGGGAGAAGAGGCCAACUCCAGAGGAGGAACAGAAAGCCAGGAACCUGCAGCUGCCUUCAACCUUCUUCUGUGGUGUAGGCAGCGACAGCGAGGCAGAGAAGGACAAGCCAGAGGACUUUGAGACAGAGUUCCGCAAAGCACAGGAGGCUCUGGAUGCUGAGAGAAGCUCAGACCCUGAGGAUGUGUCCUCCAGCACCUGCGAUACAGUGCCAGAACAACAGGUCCCAGACCAGUACCCCAGCAGCCAGGAACAGGCUUCAGAUCAGUCUGGGGCAGAAGUCCAGUCCACUCCAGCAGAAGAACAGGUCCCAGAUCAGUCAUUAACCAUACAGGAGGCUGAAAUCCCAACCCCAGGUAGCCAGGAACAGGCCACAGAACAGUCAGUUACCAUCCAGGAUGCAGACAUCCAAUAUUCUACAGCAGAGGAACAGGUCCCAGUUCAAUCAGUAACCAUCCAGGAGGCAGAUGUCCAGUCCUCUACAGCAGAAGAACAGGUCUCAGUUCAGUCAUUAACCAUUCAGGAGGCAGAGGUCCAGUCCACCACAAAGGAGCAGCAGACUCCAGAUCAGUCAGACUCCACUUCAACACCAUCGCAGACUGCCGUCUCCUGCAGCAGGGAGCAGGCUACCACUCCAAACCCUUCAGAAAAACCUGCUGCUAGUGCGCCAGCUUUGGUAACCCCCUCAUUUAGUUUUGGAUUUGGUGCACAGUUUGGCAAAAAGCCAGGGCAGUGGGAGUGUGACAUGUGUCUUGUUAGAAAUGAGGAGUCUGCAAGCAGUUGUGUUUCUUGUCAAACUCUAAACCCUGCUGCCAGCAGCGGGGAACAGGCUCCAGAUCAGUCAGACUCUACUCCUGCAGCUAUCAGCAGCAGCCCUAUAGACCUUUCUGCCAAGAAGACCUCUGACCCUGACUCUAAUACUACAUUUACUACAACCACUACUCAGGAUGCUCCUAACUCAUUUGGCUCAUUGGGCUUCAGUGCUCUAGGAGGGGAAGGGUUAUCCUUUGCUGAUCUGGCACAGAACACUGGGGGGUUAUUUGCCUUUGGAAAACAAGAUUCCAACUUCUCGUGGGCGAACGCCGAGGCUACGUUGUUUGGAGCUGCAGCCCCAGCCAAAGCUGAGGGAGGGGAGGAGGAGUGUGAUGAAGGGGACACUAAUAAUGUGGGCAUUGACUUUGAACCCAUAGUCUCUCUACCAGAGGUGGAGACUAAGUCAGGGGAGGAGGAUGAGGAGAUCCUGUUUAAGGAGCGUACCAAGCUGUACCGCUGGGAGAGAGACCUGGGCCAGUGGAAGGAGAGGGGUGUGGGAGACAUCAAGAUCCUCUUCCACCCCGAUAAGAGGUUCUACCGGGUGCUAAUGAGGAGGGAGCAGGUGCUGAAGGUCUGUGCCAAUCACACCAUCUGUCAGAGCAUGGAGCUCAAACCCAUGAACACCUCUAACCAAGCCCUAGUCUGGACAGCUACUGACUUUUCAGAGGGUGAGGGUAAGGUGGAACAGUUGGCAGCCAAGUUUAAGACUGCGGAGCUGGCCGAGAGUUUCAGGAAGAUCUUCUGUGAGUGUCAGAGUCGAAUGAGCCAAUCAGAGGCCUCCACCCUCUCCUCCCCCCAGCUGUCCAGGGUACAGGAACAUUCCAGAGACACCAAUCCCCAGGUGUACCUCUCUAUCUCCGCUGACGACGAGCCCCUGGGAACGGUCACCAUAGAACUGUUCUCUCACAUCGUCCCCAAGACAGCUGAGAACUUCAGAGCACUGUGUACAGGACAGAAAGGCUUCGGGCUGCGCAACACUGUCUUCCACAGGGUCGUACCCGACUUCAUGUGUCAGGGUGGAGACAUCACCAACCAGGAUGGGACAGGAGGGAAAUCCAUCUACGGGCACAAGUUUGAGGAUGAGAAUUUUGACGUGCGCCACACAGGCCCGGGCCUGCUGUCCAUGGACAACCACGGCCGAGACACCAACAACUCCCAGUUCUUCAUCACUUUGAAGAAGGCUGAGCACUUGGACUUCAAACACGUGGCCUUUGGCUUCGUCAGAGAGGGCAUGGAUGUGGUUCGCAGCAUGGGAGAGCUGGGCACCAAGACUGGCAAACCCAGCAAGAAGAUUGUCAUCACCGAAUGUGGACAACUGUAGAGCUGAGAUCUGGUCACUGACUGGACGUCUAUCGGCCUUCGCUCUGGCCAUGGACUGGACAGUGAUAGGCUUUCAAACGGUGGAGUGGACAACUAUAGUAGGAACAUCUCAAAUGAGACCCUAUACCUCAUGUAAUGUAAAACAUGUUUUUAAUUUUGUUUUACCAGAGCCCAUGUGGAGUGCACAAAGGGUUCUGGUAGUGUACUACAGGGGAAAUAGGGUGUCAUUUGAGACAGAGAUGGUCUACUUUCCAUAAGUGUUAACCCACCCUGAAGGUAGCAUGUGACUGUGUGAAUCCCCAGUCAUGUGUUCCAAUAAGAGUUGAAAACGCUGGUUCCUUCCUAAGCUCCCUAACUUGAUUGUUUUGCAUAGUUAAGCCUUAAUUGAGAUUAACAAGAAACCUUGUUUAAAAACCAACCUCAGUUCAAAAUGAACAAUGUUCCUCUCUCCUGCUCCCUUUGAAUACUUUUAGGUGUGGUGGUGUGUUUUUGUGUAUACAUUGAUUUCAUAAUGUACAAAUUAUUGAGACGAACCUUGUUCAUCUUAAACUCCGAAAGUAGGAAUAUGAAGAACUAUAACCUGCUUUGUGACACUUUGGGAGAGGUAUGACAUAAUAUCUGGUGGUUGUGGAAGAACCUUCUAUGGUAUUCUUUUGACAAAUAUCACUUGAAGUUGAAACAAUUAUUAUUGUCAAUAUAUAAAUGAUGCUGGAGAAUGUCUUUAGAAAUAAUGUUGCUUUAUACUGAUAAUUAUGAGGAUGCCCUUUACGAUUUCAAACAUACACUACAUGACUAAAAGUAUGUGAACACCUGCUCGCUGAAUAUCUCAUUCCAAAAUCAUAGUCAUUAAUAUAGAGUUGGUACCCCUUGCUGCUUUAACAGCCUCCACUCUUCUGGGAAGGCUUUCCACUAGAUGUUGGAUCAUUGCUACUGGGAAUUGCAUCCGUUCAGCCACAAGAGCAUUCGUGAGGUCGGACACUGAUAUUGAGCGAUUAUCCCUGGCUCGCAGUCAACGUUCCAAUUCAUCCCAAAGGUGUUCGAUGGGGUUGAGGUCAGGGCUCUGUGCAGGCCAAUCAAGUUCUUCCACACCUAUCUCGACAAACCAUUUCUGUAUGGACCUCGUUUUGUGCACAGG